AUGGAAGCCGAAGAGGUGACAUCGGAAGCCGAAUAUAUGACACCGGAAGCCGAAGAGAUGACACCGGAAGCCAAAGAGAUGACACCGGAAGCCGAAGAGGUGACGCAAGCCGAAGGCGUGACGCAAGCCGAAGAGGUCGGCCUUCAGUUGUUAUCAAAGGUGGAGCUUGGGCCCGGGUGCCUCGUCGUGGAUCCCAGCAUCACGGAGGUACGGCUUCGUCUCCACUGGAUCCCGUAUGAUGUGCCGGACGACGUUGUGCGUAAGGAAUUGGAGCCGUAUGGCAAGGUCCUGGAAGUGAGCCGGGAGAAGUGGAAUGUUGAAGGCUUCCAAGGGAUCGAAUCAACGACAAGGUGUGCGCGGAUGACACUGAACGAAGGCGGCACGGCCGAUACCAUGCCACACCAGCUUCGGAUCCAAGGUGGUAACGUACUUGUUGUGAUCCCUGGUCGGGCGCCCUUGUGCUUACGCUGUAAGCGCACAGGUCAUAUUCGACGAGAAUGCAGGGCGCCGAAGUGCUCGGAGUGUUUUCGCUUCGGGCAUUAUGGCACCGAAUGUGUCAGGUCGUACGCCAGGGUGGCCAGCGGGGCCGGGACGGCAACGGCCGAGACCAAUGACCACGCCAUGGAUGCCGAGGAAGCGGAGCGUACUAUCCAGGGCUUGGCGCCAGAAGUUUCAACCCCUGCCAAAGAACGCAAGAGUGAAGGAAGCAGCUCCUUGGGGGCAGCGAGAGAGAACGGAGGUCAACCGGAAGGCGCACCUCCCAGCGGUGCCGACGUGAAACCCUCUGAUGCCGGAGCAGACAAGGAAUCGAACGACGCAAGCACCAACGGACCUUCAGAUAUGGACAACACCAGCGAGUCAACUAAGCGAGCCUUCGAUGACGAUACGGCAGCAGGAAACGGAGAACGCCAACUACACCCCUGGAUGGAACGCACGAAGAAGGGGCGUUACCAGCCCGCGCCCAACGAUCCUAAAGAGGAACGUCGGCGCAGGGAAAGCAAGUAAGGCG